AGUGGAAGCAUCAUAGCCAACGGAGCGCUUCCUUGUUGCUAGCAGAAGUAAAUAAAAAAAGGGGGAAGUUGCAGAUAAAAAUAAUCGUGGAUUUCACCAGUUAUCUGGAAAAAUGCCCCGUGGAAGCGAAAUCCCCGAAGGCAUCAGGUCGACAGCGGUCGAUCUGCACAAAGCUGGGAAAGGCUAUAAGUUCAUUUCAAAGACUUUAGAGAUUCCUCCUUCCACGGUGAGGAGCAUUAUCGUCAAGUGGAAACGGUUUAACACCGUAGCCACGCUGCCGCGGAGUGGGAGACCCUCGAAGGGGAAUCCUAGAAGGAAACGGAAAGAAAAGCUGGAUGAGGCUGAUCCUGCUGGUCCUGCUAGUGAAAAAGGUGGCGACCUUGAUAAGCCGGAUCUCCUCAGCAAGGUGCUGCUUGCAGCUGGAAACACCGACUCCAACUCCACUGAAUCCAAACCUUCAAAGGAAGAGCUGGUGUCAUCCAGACCAACUCUCCACAGCAGAGAUAAAGAAAUGAGAGACUUGAACAGCAGCUGUGAAGAGGGCGACAACACGGGACGGUCCGACUCAGACGAAGAAGAGCCCAUGUCCAGUUUCCUGUUUGCCAGAUCAACAGGGGAAGCAGAGGACCAUGAGAGGGUUGAUCAUCCUGGACAAGCUUGUGACACAGAAGAUCCAGAUGAGUCCCAGAAGGAUGAGAGCACUGCUGAAGAAGGCGGCGACGCAGAACCGUCGGAUACAGACGAAGAGGAUCCGCUGGCCAGUUAUCUUUUUGGAAGAGCGAGAGAAGGGACAGAAGAACAUCCACAACAUGAAAAGCGUAAAAAUUCAGCUUCAUGUGACGACACACCAGAAGACGAUCCCAUGGAACAGAUUUUUGACCCAAACUUUGACGAUGAGAAGAAGAUUUAUGCCGGUUCUUCGGUCAGUGUGAGAGCGCUCCUCCUCCUCCUCCUGGCCUUCAUCCUGAAGCACGACUUGUCAAAAGCAGCCACCAAAGACCUCCUGGCCCUCCUCAACCUCAUGGUGCCUGGAUGCAUUCCCAGCUCUCUGCAGUUCAUAAAGAAACAUUUGACUGACAUUGACAAGAAGACAGAGAUCCACUUGUACUGUCCCAGGUGUGAAAACUACCUCGGUGUAGAGCCUGGGACCGAGUGCGGAGUGUGUCAGCAGCGCUUGAGCAAAAGAAGUCUGCUUGAAAAGGCAAACUACUUCCUGGUGUUGCCUCUAGAAAACCAACUGAGGAAGGUCCUCAAACGCCUUCACUCAAAGCUGGGCAAGCAUUUUACAAAGGACGAUUACGUUUCUGACGUCAACACCGGUGGUGAAUAUAAGCACGAAGAGCAGGAGGGCAGUAUUACACUUACCUUCACAUGUGACAGCUCUCCUCUUCUCAACUCAUCCAAGUUUUCAGUCUGGCCCAUCCUGUGCACGAUCAACGAACUUCCGUAUGUGGAGCGGUGUAAAAAUGUUCUGCUGCACACGUUGUGGUUUGGCAAAGGAAAGCCCCUGCUUCAGUGUUUCUUUACGCCGUUCAUUAACGAGCUUCAUAAACUCUCUCACGAGGGCUUCACUUGGGAAGACGAGAGCGGAUUAGAGCUUAACACCAGAGUGAUGGCGAAAAUCUGCGUCUGCGAUUCAGUGGUGAGGUCAGCGGUGCAGAACUUUCAGCCGUUCAGUUCGGAGUUUGGCUGCGGGUUCUGCUACCACAAAGGAGAGCUGGUUCAGAAGGGUCGGGGUUACACCAGAGUCUAUCCGGUUCAGGUUGACGGAUGUGACCUGCGGCACAUGGCUGAGACGGAGCAACUGGCCAUCGUAGUGAUUGAGAAUGGGUAUCCACAAGGUCAAAUGGGUGUCAAAGGUCACAGUCCGCUGCUUCUGCUGCCUUCGUUUGAUGUCGUCAAAGGUUUUAUCCCAGAUUACAUGCACUGUGUUUGUCUUGGGGUUGUUCCUGAGUUUGUCAAUCUUUGGUUGGAUCCUCUUUAUGGCAGAAAGCGCUUCCACCUUUCACCUCAGAGUUUGAAGAACCUGGACAAAGCUUUGUCUGCCGUCCAACCUCCAGAUGAGAUCAGACAAAGACCUCGGCGUCUCAGUGAGAGGAUGCAUUGGGAGGCAUCCGAGUGGCGAGCGUUUGCUCUUCUCUACUCUCCUGUAAUACUGAGGAAGGUUUUACCAAACCUGUACUACAAACACUGGAUGCUUCUCAUUUCAUCACUUCACAUCCUCCUCUCCCCGUUUGCCUCCCAGGAGGAGAUCAGCUGUGCAGAGCUGUGCCUGGUUCAGUUUGUCUCCCAGGUACCGUCUCUGUACGGACUUGAGCAUUGCUCAUUUAACUGCCACUUGCUGAUGCAUCUCACUGACUGUGCCCGUAACUGGGGAUUACUGUGGGCCAACUCCACCUUCGUCUUUCAGGGUGUCCACAGCCGACUCCUGCAGAUGUACUCCAGGGCUCAGUCUGCGCCAUCCAACAUCUUCAAGCAGAUAGUUUCCUAUGAUGAGAUUAUCUUGAAAGGAAGCAAUGUGCUGAAAGAUACUGGUACAGAAAUCACAGACCUGUUUUCCUCCAUGACAAGCUGUGGUAUCCUUACCAAAUCAUCCAACUGCAUCAGUGAAGAUGUGUUUACUUUGGGAUGCGGAUCUCAGAGAUCUCUAACUGUGAGAGAACUUGCUGCAUUGCAGAGCAAAGAUACACGGCCCGUUACUGAAUACGCACAUUUUGUCUACAGAGACAUGCUGGUCACCACUUUGGACUACAGCGUCUCUUGCAAAAGGAACAACUCAGUCAUAGAAACGACCAGCGGCUUUGUUCUUGUAGAGUCCGUGGUGGUCGUCGAGGGGCAUUGCAGCUGUGAGAGAUCGUCCGACUGCUCCUGCAGAGAACUGGUUGCUUUCUGCAGAAAACUGCUUCCCUCAAACUCCCAACCAACAAUCCAGAAUGAGCAGAUCAACAGAAACAUUGCAGAGUUCCUCGUAAGAGUGAGGAGUUCAGAUGAACUGUGCGCAGUGACAUGUCAGGACAUUGUUUCGAAAUGUUUUGUGAUGGAGCAGAUGGGUCGACUAUUUGUCAUGAGAAUGCCAGUGUUAUAAGUGUUCCUUUUCCUUGUCAUGUAGUUUGUUGUGUUUCCACAUUCACACAGGAGUUGUGUGAUAAGCUUAUUUUCUGUGAGAUGAUUAAGUAUUUAGUAUAUUCAACCAUCCUGCAUUUUUAGCAGUGUUGGCUUGUUCACAUGGUGAAUUCAAGAUGCUCUACCAGAAUCAUGUACAUUUCAGUACAUGGCUUUGACCUUUCUAAGAAGUUUUAUCUGCCUCUGUUCCAUUGUCCAUUCAGCAGAAGGCACCAAUUCCCGGUAUGCUGUCCUGGUCUCCAGACUACGUCUACUGACUUUUCAUGGAAAACUUCUUAGAAAUUGCAUUAUAAUGAAUUUUAUGGAUCCUGUGCCUUCAGCAUACUCAUAACACAGAUCUAGUAAGUGUAAUCAGUUCUGUCACUGAAACGUUUCCAUUCAAUCACUGUAGUUGUGAAGAAAAAGAUAUCAAAAGAAUCAGGACCAAAGAUCAAAUUUGAACAUUAAAUCAGUUUCCACUAAAGGUAUAUAACCAAGGUUUCUUACUGAGAGACUGUGUGGAAAACCUAACUGGAACCUUACGCUGCUCACCCUGAUGAAGUAACAAUAUGCAACACCUAUCUGAAAAGGGCAAGGAACUUAAGUCAUCCAGUACCUUUAUAGACAGUUUGCUGAAGUCUAUAGUGUCUCAUCCGGUGAUUGUUGCCACCCAGUUGCGAUGAAAGGGUAGCCAUCGCAAGAGUGAGAUCAGCAAAAACCUUUGUGCGACUCAUUGGUUCAAACAACCCUGCAGACUUUGUUGACUUAGUGGUAUCCUUGGAUGAGGUCUUUGAUGAGCUGAAAACAGUGAGUGUUUUCAAGGAGUGACAAAAGAUGUUCAGCACAAGCUGCUAAGAGCAAAUGCUACCAGAUGUCAAAAAGUUGGUUUGUAGCUAUCCAAGCACAUCUUGUAUGUGCUGAGAAAUAUUGACGCUCACCUCGAAGUCAAAGAGUUUGAUCUCCAGUUUGGUGUCAAGUGUAAAGUGGUCAGAAAGACAGUAAGCUGAACUAAGUUGGAGGGCAUACAGUAGUUCUCAACUGGAAGAAGAUCGAGCACUCCUACCGCAUUGGAGCGGAGUGUACCUCAAGGAUAGAAGUUUAACCAGGUUAAUGUCUUGUUCACAAGUAAUGAUUGGAUGGAGCAAGAGAUAGACAUACACACACUGGUACUACUCGAGUCUGUCGCAGAGAUCCAGAAUAUGUAUCAUGAUUGAAUUUGGAGAAGAGCCCUGCUUCUGUUUUGAUUGGAGUGCAUCUGAAUUGCCUCCAUUUGGGGGUUGUCCGGACAUGUCCUAUUGGGAGAAAGCUGCAGGGCAGAACCAGAAUUUGGUUGAGGGUCUGUAUGUCCCUUUUGACCUGUGAACCCCUUGGGAUACUGCAGAAUGGGUUUGAGAGCAGUGCCGGAACCUCAGUGACCCAAUCUCAGAUAAAUAGAAGACAGAUUAUGAAUUGAACGACUGAACACCCAAUGGUGUGGAGUGAGAGUGGCAAGUUGCAUGCACUGCUAUGAACAACUUCUAAGCUGAUUAUGCUGCAAACUACUUCUAACAUACCAACAGUGAGAGAUUUCUUACCUGAGGAGUGGCCAUUGUUUUCACCAGAUCUCUCAAACGUACCAGCAUUUCUAAUGAAAUCCUUGCAGAAAGGGAAUUUGCUCAUUGGAUGGACUUAAAGAAAACUAAAAUGACACAUCUGGCUUUGUGAGGAUGAUGCCUUCCAGUUUUUUCUCCAGUUGUUUCAUAAAAUCCCAGCUCCCAACAAUAUGCUAGCUGGGAGGUAUAGAAAGACACUGAUGUAGUCUUGAUUAUACACACCCUCCAGAGCUUCUCAAGCCAUCUGGCGUCAUUAAGGUACUCAUCACAACAGCAGCAGGAAGAAAAAACAGGCAGGAGAUCUAUACCACAAUUCUGGUUAAUGCCAAAGAAGCUUCUUUUUGUUUGACCAUUAACAGUCUUGUUUGGACAGAAGUGCUUAGGACAUGAAUUCAAGAAGUGCUGCUUUGGAUCCAGUUCUACAGAGAAACAAUCUCUUGGAUUUUCAACAUCCUUACUAACUUCUCAUGACGGCAGCUGAAGCUGAGAGAUUGCUCAAGAAUAAAGAUGGUCCUUUGUAUUGCACGAGGCCAGGAGUGUCUCAUCCAUACACAUGAAUACGUAGGCGCCUCAUUAAGCUCUGAGUCCUACGUUACGCCACCGCCAUCUUGUAUGUGGCAGGAGAGCGAUCGGAGCUCCCUAAGUCCUGUCCUAUCUGGACUUGUUUCAACCGUUUUACAAUACAAACUGGAUUCAUUGGCAUUACCUUUCACAGGUAAGGAUGAAAGAGCGGAAUUACUUGACUUUGCAGCCAGAAACUUGCUUCUGAACAACCAAAUUGGGCCAAUGUAGCUAAAUUGGCCCAAAAUAACCACAGAUUGUUAGUGUAGCUAACGUUUUCAUGCUGUUUUCUAAUGAGAGAGAGCUGAUGAGAAACUGCUGUUACAGAGGAAGUGUAUUAAAAACCAGGGGAUUUUGUGAGGAGAGGUUAGUCAGGAUCAGAGCUGGAGCUGCUGUUCUUCAGUCUCUGUUUCACAGCUCAGCUUCACAAUGCCUGUAUUUAGCUAUGAUAUAAAGAUGCCAUGAGUCAGAGCCCCAACAUGCUGAAAAUGGCUUUUUCUGAAUGUGAAGGAAAAUAUAUAUAUAUGUAUUUUCUAUUACACUUUUGGAUAAUUCCUCUUUUAUCCUGGGCUUUAGCCUGUGUACCAGGACAUCUCAGAAGUCAUUGGAGUUCUCCCAGUGUGGCCAGCAGACUGAAGCCCUGCCUGUGGCCAGUGUUCCCAGUAUAAUAAAUAAAUGUGUUUUGUUCUUUCACUUUUUGUGUAUUUUUAAAUAUCUCAAUCUGAAAUAUUAGUGUAUUAAUACAGCUUAUGUAAUGAAAUAAAAAUAAUUUACUCUAUUCGAAUUAUUUUCACUCUGCUGUCAAUAGCAGAGUUGACUUUGUUUGAAAAAUGGUCUAUUACCAGGAUUUAAAAGACAGAACAAAAAACACAGCUUUAUUAAGAACAAACACCUUUGCAGGGGAGAGAAUGUUGUAAAGCCAGACGCUGUCAAACAAAUUCUGAAAGGCAGCACACAGAGUGUCAAUUUUUAUACACAUCUUAGACGCCCAGGUGGCGCAAAAACAAUUCCAGGAAGUCAACCAAAAAUAAUGUUUCUUGGAACAAGGUCAUCAGGUGCAAGGUUAAGGUCAAACGGAAAAUUAGAACAUCAUGACAUUGUUCAAACCGCAACUCCACCUAUAUACAGAGUAGAUAACAGACGCGUGGUUUCCAAUAAUCGCUUUGCUCGCUUCACACCCCGAGAGUUCAACAGUUUAAUCAGAGCAGGUGCGAAUACUAUUUCAUCUUUAUCAGCAGGUAGGUGUCUAUACAGACAUGAGGCUGUUGAAGGGAAACGAGCUGCCCUCGCAGAAUGACUUGUGGUUUGACACUUCUCCUCAACGGAGCAAAAGGUGCAGCUCGGAGCAGCAGCUCAACUUCAAGAAACACACAUGAUAAAUGAAAGAACAAAAUUAAAGAAAAUAACAGUAUGAAUAAUUAUUUCAUUUGACAACUUCAUACUGUAAUAAAUAUUUCUUUUCCAGAAAAAAGUAAGAAAAAUAUGUAGUUUAAUGUUUGACAAUGACUUUGAUAAAUCAAGUCAUUUAUCAAUAAUAUGUAUAAAAAAUAAAUACAAGAAAAUAUUUCUUUUUUCUUGUCUUGAAAUGUUAAAUGUACAAUAAAUUAUGGAAUCAUGUAAAUAUGUUCUUUUAUAAAACACUGUAAAAGUGUCUGUUCAUCAAUGUCAAUAUAAAAAUGAAUCAUUUCUAUCAAAUAAAAACAUUGUGCUCUUUAUUCAGAAAUCCCCCAAAACAAUUAAAUAAUCACAUCAAAAGUUAGAAACCCCGUCUUUAGUCAUUUAUUUGAUUACCAAAUAUAUUAGUGUGUGAGAAAAUGUGUCAAUGACAAGUAUUAACUUAAAAUACUUUGUAGAACGGCACUUUCUGAAGUUCAGUCCAUUUACCUUACUGGCACAUAGGCCACAUUCAAUAUGGCGGACGCUGUGACGUAUCGCAGCAACUGGCCGACCCGCUCCAUGAGGCGUCUACGUAUUCAUGUCUAUGGUCUCAUCAAUAGGUCGAUUAUUGAUCACCUUGCUGCUUUCAAAGAGAGACAGGCACGCGUCGCUCAGUCUCACACAAGUGUUAAUUGAUUACUGUACCAUAUGUAUGUACCUAUGUAAGUAUGGUGCAUGUUUCAGUUUUCCUUUUCUUAAGGAACUUGUAAAAAGAUUGUAAAAUAUAUCAUGAUACCAUAUUCCAGUGUUUUAAUGUUUACAUACUUCAAUCUUUGUUUCCAUUGUACUUUAUCAAUCAGAUGCUGCUUUUAAUGCCACAUGUUACGUUGUUCAUGUACAUUUGUGAUCUUUUUUUUAAUUUUAUGAACAUUUGAUGACUGCCCUUUUUAUAACUAAUGUUCCUGUUAAAAUGAAAUCUGUGUUAAUUUUGUUGUGGUUGUUUUGACCUGGGAUCAUCUUGUUCUUCUGUUUGUGGUUUAAUAUGUAAAAAAACAACAACAAAAAAACAGUAACUGACAGUGUUAAGCUAUUUCAGAUUCCCCAGGUUUGAUCUUGCUACAGUAAAAUGCUGUGUGCUUGUGGUUCUUAAAUAUCAAAAUUAUGUUGCAGUUUUACUGUAUUGUGAAACAUUUGUGUACUUUAUGUUAACUUCAAUUUAACUUUAAUGAUGUUUACAAUGUUUUCAGUGAAGAACUGUAAAUAUAUUGUUUUGAAUCCAAUUUUGCCAUAUUCUUUAAUAAAGGUCACAGGGUAUAUUGAAGUCAUCUGGUAAAACAGCUUCACUUAAGUUUACAUUUCAAAAUGGUUCAGGUGUUUUCAAUAAACAAUUUACAGAAUAA